CUCCAUCUUCAGAUUGCUGACUAUAGCCUGACAAAAUGGCGUGCGAUACACCUUACCAGCGGCAGCGGACUGUGUCAACAACUGGAGAAACUCUGUAUGAAAUUCUUGGUCUGCAUAAGGGAGCAUCACAUGAAGAAAUUAAGAAAACCUACAGAAAAUUGGCCCUGAAACACCAUCCAGACAAGAAUCCAGGUGAUCCUGUUGCUGCUGAGAAGUUUAAAGAAAUCAACAACGCCCACACAAUACUGACGGACAUGUCGAAGAAGAACAUAUAUGACAAGUAUGGGUCCCUGGGACUCUAUGUGGCUGAGCAAUUUGGAGAAGAAAAUGUGAAUACCUACUUUAUGCUGUCAAGCUGGUGGGCAAAGGCUCUGUUCAUCAUCUUUGGCCUCCUGACAGGCUGCUAUUUUUGCUGCUGCCUGUGCUGCUGCUGCAAAUGCUGCUGUGGGCACUGCCAGCCAAAAUCAUCGACGCCUUCAGAAGAAACCUUCUACAUGUCCACGGAGGACCUGGAGAUGCAGAUCCAGAUCGAUGCAGAGAAAGAAAUGGAUUUCCCAAUUGUUCUCCAGCCCACAAAUGCAAGUGAGAAGACACAGCUAAUCAAAGAAGGACCUAGAAGUUACUGCACGGACUCUUGAUAAGGAGCUCACUGAGGGUCCAAGGAGCCUCCUCUCGGUCCAGCUAGGUCUCCAGGUGAUCAAGGAGAUGGAGGGGCGAAUGAAAUGCUGUGAACUUUUCCACACUUGUAUUUUAUUUUUAUGUUAGAGAAAGAUGAUUGCUAUAUGACUUUCUCAGUAUGCAGACCU